UCAAGUCAGUUUACAUCUCAUAGAGUACGGAAGGUAAGUUACUAGAACUAGGUAACACGAAAUGGCUUUGUGUAAGGUUCUAGUUGCAUUGGUGAUUUUGGUUUCACUUAGUUCUACUGUUAGUUCACAUUCUGUACCAAAACCACCGGUUUAUGUCGCUCCCGCUUCUCCUCCUGUUUACUCCCCAGCACCCUCUCCCAUUUAUUCUCCCGCACCCUCCCCUGUUUACGCUCCAGUUCCUUCACCAGUUGCUGCCCCCCCAACUCCGGUUGCAUCUCCACCAAAGUAUGUCAUAGAAAAGAAGUUUAUUGCUGUUCAAGGUGUCGUUUACUGCAAGUCUUGCAAGUACACUGCAUACAAUACCCUUAUGGAAGCUACAGCACUCCCUGGUGCCACGGUGAAGAUGGUAUGUCUGACGUCGGCCAAGAAGAAAAAUAAACCAGUCGUGUUGACUGCUGUCACGGACAAGAAGGGUUAUUUCUUUAUCCCACCAUCAAAGAAGGUGAGCCAUUUAGGUGCUCAAAAGAGGUGCAAAGUCUUCCUAGUUUCUCCACCAAAGAAGUCCAAAUCCAUGACUCCGACAAACAUGUACGGUGGUUUAAGUGGGGCCUACCUGAGGCCUACCAAGCCAUCUAAACCUCUUCCUUAUGCUCUUUUCACUGUGGGUCCUUUUGCUUAUGCACCGCCCCCAUGCAAAAAAUCCACAACCUUGUAUUGAAAAAUGGGUGAUUUGUUAACAAGUCGCUCAAUUUCUCUGUGUUUCUGUUAUCC